UUGUCCCCCAUUUGAAAUUGUAAGCCCCUUUUUUGCAAACUGACUGAUUAUAUUGUAGACAAUAAUUGAACACAUCAUUUCUGUGGCUUGCAACAAAACUCUAGGCAUCUUAAUAGGAGCUAUGUGGUUUAAGGCUGUAUAUUGUGUGCGUUAGGUGCUGUUCAUAUUGGUCUCUCCCUUAAAGGCGAGUUUCUGGAAACCUUCAGGGACACUUCACAUCAACAGAGUAGAAACUAUCCUGCCUCAGAACCACCCGGCUAGAUGGGAAGACGCACAAACAAAAUGAAAAAACAAGGGAAUAAAGUGCUCCAAACAAACCAAGCUGCUCCCAUAAGAGAAUCCAUCGAAAAAAUAUCAGUGAAGGAGUUGAGGAUGUAUUUAGAAAAAAUGUACUACAACUUAAAGAAUUUUAUAAGAGAGCUGGCACAGGAGUUUUGCAGUAAAAUAACAGAAUCUUUUCAGGAGAUGAAAGAUGUAUCAGAGGUCCUGAAAAGAAAUAAAGAAGAAAUCAUUGAAGGGAAGGAAUCACUAAACCAACUUAAAAGUUCAAUGGAAAGUACCACCCACAGACAAGACCAUUUGGAAGACAGAACCUCAGGCAAUGAAGACAAAAUAUUUAAUCUUGAAAAUAAAGUUGACCCCACAGAGAAGAUGAUAAAUUGCGUGACAUUCCCUCACCCAGACACCAUGCCUGAACAGCAACUGUUAAAGCCAACCGAGUGGAGCUACUGUGACUACUUCUGGGCUGAUAAGAAGGAUCCCCAAGGCAAUGGCACGGUGGCUGGGUUCGAACUGCUGCUCCAAAAGCAACUGAAAGGCAAACAAAUGCAGAAAGAAAUGUCUGAAUUCGUCCGAGAGAGGAUAAAGAUUGAAGAAGAAUAUGCAAAGAACCUGGCUAAGCUCUCUCAGAACUCCUUGGCUGCACAGGAGGAAGGCUCCUUGGGAGAAGCUUGGGCCCAGGUGAAGAAGAGUCUGGCAGAUGAAGCAGAGGUUCAUCUCAAGUUCUCCGCCAAGCUUCACAGCGAGGUAGAGAAGCCCUUAAUGAACUUUCGUGAGAACUUCAAGAAAGACAUGAAAAAGUGUGACCACCAUAUCGCUGACCUCCGCAAGCAGCUCGCCAGCCGCUACGCGUCGGUGGAGAAGGCCCGGAAAGCCCUCACUGAGCGGCAGAGAGACCUGGAGAUGAAGACCCAGCAGCUGGAGAUCAAGCUGAGCAACAAGACAGAGGAGGACAUCAAGAAGGCACGGAGAAAGUCCACACAGGCUGGUGAUGACCUCAUGCGUUGUGUGGACCUCUACAACCAGGCGCAGUCCAAGUGGUUUGAAGAGAUGGUGACCACCACUUUGGAGCUGGAGCGGCUGGAGGUGGAGAGGGUGGAGAUGAUCCGGCAACAUCUGUGUCAGUACACACAGCUGCGGCAUGAGACAGACAUGUUCAACCAAAGCACAGUCGAGCCUGUGGACCAACUGCUUCGAAAAGUGGACCCGGCCAAAGACAGAGAGCUGUGGGUCAGAGAGCACAAAACGGGCAACAUUCGCCCCGUGGACAUGGAGAUCUAGACACGCCUGUGCGGCCCCGGGGGUCCUGCCCCAGGAGAGGGGCUGGGGGUCCCGUGGAGAGGGAGUGGUGGCUCCCGCUGGGUGAAGCUGCCCUCCCACCCACUCUCCUGUCCACUGAGGAGAGAGGAGAGAGCUGGCAAUUCCAGAAGGGUGAUCUGGGUGGCUCAGCUGGGGAAUCCCAAAUAUUCCCAGGCCAAGAAGACAGACCCCGCCCUUGUCUCCAAGACUGAAGCCCCCCCAAACCCCGUGCCGUGCUUGUUGCUCUGAGAACAAACUGAGGCUGGAACUUUGUGGUCCCUGCUGAGUUCCAUAGGGGUGGCCGUCACAUACUUUUGCCCUUGGAUGCCCCAAAGCCCAUCCUUCACCUGGUCCCUUUAUCUCCGGGGCUUUGGAAGAUCAGGGAAGGGCUGUCUCUGCCUCCAAGCCAAUGUCAGGAUCAGAAUCAUGGAUAGAAGGCGCCGUCAGCUCAGCCUGCACCUAGACUCCUUUAUGGCCCUCUCUAUUUUUCUCAUUGCAUUCUGGGAGCCCAAAUCUGGCUUUUCUUGGCCACUUUUCAUCCCCGUGGGUCUUGGGAAGGCCUGUUUUCUGCCUUCCCUGACCAACCCUGCCCAGAGAGGUCAGGAUGGAACUACCUCAUUCGGCAAAUUAGCCCCAAGUCGGAGCAUUGAAUCACGGUUCCCAUCAGAUCAGGCAUCAUCUCUGAAGUCUCUGGAAAUCCCCACCCCCACCCUGCCACCCCUGCCCAAAGUUCUCUGCCAGGGAGACCUCCUUCAGCUGUGUGCAUGUCCAAAAGCUUUGAGAGAUGGAGAUGAGCCAGAAACCACAUGGGGUCUGUCUCCCAUCGUGUCCUGUCCAACACGGGGCUACCCUGACCCCCACUCUCCCAGGCUGCCCACCAAGGGCUUAAUAGGGCUAGGUCAGUCCCACAUGGGAGACAGGUUAGGGCAAGUCUUUGUCAAGACUCCAUCUGCUUAUGCAAGAUAGGGUUUGGACUGCUGUAUGAGCAUUGCAGACUCUCUCUCCUUGCUAUCCAGGUGUGUCCUGCCACCUGGACCUCCAGCUCCUCCGAACUUUCCAGAGCCCUGCACCAAGCCCUCGCUUGGUGCCAGCACCUCCUUUCCCUCUGUCCAUCUUCCCUGGAGAAGCCUGAGCCAAGCGUGACUUGGGAAGCUUUUCAGCACUACCCCUGGGUUCAGCCCGCCACUUUCUUUCUCGACUACAGCAAACACCAUCUCUCCCCCAUCUUAGCCUAGAGAAUCAGCCUGAGGGGGCUGGGAGAAAAUAUUGACCCAGUGAGCAAGGAACAGCUUCUAGCCAGAAACCCCUGCUCUGAGAGGCCACCUUUCUUCAUCUUUUCCCUUGAUGGCUUUCGGCUUGACCCUUCCAUCUCCCAUAGGGGCAGAAUUCUAUGAGCCCAAUUCACGGAUCUUUCCCUCCAUUUUACAUUGCUAAUAAUGGAUGUUAAUCUUGAAUCUUUCAGCAUCUCUUCCAUUGAAUUAGAAUGGCUUUCUCAUAGUUUAUUUUAGAAAGAUGUUCAAUAUACUAAAGCAAACCAGAUCUUGUCACUUUUUUUUUUUUUUUUUUUACUAAAA